AUGCGGGAUCCGUUAGCCUUCUCGAUCCCGGCUCUGAGCAAGGCCGUGCAGCCAUGGGCGGACCGGCUGGCGUUCCCCGUGCUGCCGCUGCACGCCCACGAGGUGGUGGGCUCGGCGCUCUUCUACACGUUCGUGCACGUCGUCGUGUCGCCGGCGCUGUCGAGCCGCUUCUUCCCCAAGUACUACCCGCGGCACUCGCGCGCCAAGAAGGCCAACUGGGAUGCCCACGUCGUCUCGCUCAUCCAGAGCGUGAUCAUCAACUCCCUGGCGCUGUGGGUCAUCUUCUUCGAUGCCGAGCGCAAGUCGAUGGACUGGCAGCAGCGCGUCUGGGGCUACACAGGCUCGUCGGCCAUGAUCCAGGCUCUGGCCUGUGGCUACUUCGUCUGGGACCUGGGCAUCACCCUGCUGAACCUCGACAUCUUCGGCAUUGGCCUGCUCGCCCACGCCGUCAGCGCCCUGGCCGUCUACUCGUUUGGAUUUAGACCCUUCCUCAACUUCUACUCGCCCGUCUUCAUCCUCUACGAGCUGUCGACGCCCUUCCUCAACAUCCACUGGUUCUUCGACAAGCUGAACAUGACGGGCUCCAAGGCGCAGCUAUACAACGGCAUCGCGCUGCUGGCUACCUUCUUCUCGUGCCGCCUGGUGUGGGGCAGCUACCAGUCGGUGCUGGUCUACGCCGACAUGUGGCGGGCGGUGCGCCGCUCGCCCGACGCCCUCUACGUGGCCGCGGCGGCGGCCGCCAACGCCGCCAGCAACUCGAUGUUCCUGCCGUUUGCCGACCCCGACGCCAACAUGAUGGCCUUCGUCACGGCCGCCGCCGAGCAGCCCGUGCCCGUGUGGCUGGCCCUCGUCUACGUCGCCAGCAACAUCAUCCUCAACACGCUCAACUGGCACUGGUUCUUCAAGAUGAUCACCGCCGUGCGGAAGCGCUUCGACCCUCCCAAGGGCGGCGAUGCUGGCAAGGCGGCCGUCAAGGAGGAGAAGAAGCCGUCGGCAGUCACCACUGCCACGGGCGUCAUCGACGAGAAGAAGCACGUCGUCCCGGGAAACAACUUGACGCACCGCAGGCAGCACUCCAUCAUCGAAGACGUGGUCCCAGAUAGCGAGGAACUCCGCGAUGGAACCAUCCAAUGA